UGUUGUUGUCCUGGGCUUAGGGGCUCGGAGGUGUAUCUGUGAAGAAACCAGUGGACUAAGAGAGGGAGGAGAGGAACCCAGCUGUGAGGUGUGUACGCCCAAGAACCAUGUCUACACGGGAGUCUUUUAACCCGGAAAGUUAUGAAUUGGAUAAGAGCUUCCGAUUAACAAGAUUUACUGAACUGAAGGGCACUGGCUGCAAAGUGCCCCAAGAUGUCCUGCAGAAAUUGCUGGAAUCCUUACAAGAGAACCACUUCCAAGAAGAUGAGCAGUUUCUGGGAGCGGUUAUGCCAAGGCUUGGCAUUGGGAUGGAUACUUGUGUCAUUCCUUUGAGGCAUGGUGGUCUUUCCUUGGUGCAAACCACAGAUUACAUUUAUCCUUUCGUCGAUGACCCUUACAUGAUGGGUUUUAAAGAUGCAGCAGAGGAAACAGGAACAUCUGUAAUGGGUGGACAAACAGUGUUAAACCCCUGGAUUGUUUUGGGAGGAGUAGCUACAACUGUCUGCCAGCCCAAUGAAUUCUUCAUGCCAGAUAACGCAGUGCCUGGG